AGCACACUAUUUUUAAGCGCCCUAGCUUAGAUGUCUUUUUCUUUAGGAAUAAAUAACGGAUAAGGAUAAAUCAUGAACAGCGCUGCACUUACAUAUAAACUGUCUGAGGCGGACAUAAAAAAUCUGAUACGCGUGCGAACAGCGAAUGCGGGACUCUUUACUAGGAGAAGAAAUGCAGCUAAAACAGCAUGGAGUGCAAUUCUCAAUGAGCUGGGGCUGGAAGACAAAGUAACAGUUGAACAGAUCGCAAAGAAAUGGGAAAACCUAAAGAUGAAGUACAAGGAAAUAAAAUUCCCUCCACCUGGCAUGGAGGUAGUACCGAGAUCCUCUCAGUGGAAAUGGUUUGACCUGCUGGAUGAGGCUUUAAGAGAGGAGUUUCCUGAGAGUAACUAUCACUCAGUGAUACCAUCAGUGGGUGGUGAUGAUGAAUGUGGACCACAAGCAAGCAAGAGGAUAUGUCAGGUGAAAGUAGGAGGUGACAUUUUAGAAUUGUUGGUGGACGACGAAGGUAUGUCAAGGGUCACGGCCCCUGGAUCGGCUGCAUUGAAACAAGCGAGCCUGCAGGGAGAUGAGACCUCCACAGUGCUGUCAGAUCUGGACCAUGAGAGGGCCAAACUUGCACGAGAACAACAGUUUCUGGAGAAGGAGCAUGCAGAGCUGGCUCGAGAGAGACUGGUAUUUGAGAGGGAGAAGGAUCUGGCAGAGAGGGAAAUUAUGGCACUCCAGAGAGACAGGGCACAGCUAGAGAGGGACAGGGCGUCUGUGGACCGAGACAGAGCAUCCCUUGAUCAGGACAGAGCCCAGUUAGAAAAAGACAGAGCUGCAUUAGAGAGGGACAAGGCGGCACUUCUCAGAGACAGAGACAAUCUGAAUGCCAUGAUCCAAGGUAAAAACGCCACUGGACGUAGUGUAGAUACUCCACAUGAGAAGAACAGGGAGAAAUUAAUCCUCUUAAUUGAAAGAUUGAUAGAUAAGUUUUGAAGAAAAUACAUUUCAGUAAUAUCAGUGGCCAAACUGGAAUUUUUGGAACCAAAUUUUAAAUUUCAUUUUCUAAUGUAUUUCACAGCAGGUUUUAUAAGCCUUUUGCAUCAAAAGGCUCCAGGAGCAGGGUUAGUCUUCCCUGCCUUGAGGGAUGCAGUCAGGUUAAAAAAAGAAAAGGGGGCUUCUGAUGCUCAAAAGUCAAACUCUAGCUUCCAAAUACCCUACAAACAGGUUAGUAAGCAUUACACUAUGGAACAAUACUAUGGAACAAUACCGGAAUAUUACUUAACUGUUUCAGAUUCAGUGUUUGCAUUAUGUUUGCCUUAUCGUAUAUUAGCAUGGUAAACUCAGACAUUUGACUGAAAUAAACUACAUAUAUUUGUGUUGAUGGAUGAAAGAAAAUGGAGAUGACCAUUUUUGCAUAACUUUACAAACAAUAAUAGCUACGUUGUGCCGGCAUUAAUCCUAAUAUUUGCUUAUUUAUUUGCAGGAAGUGUGUUUUAAAGAAAUCGCCUUCAAAUAUUAGCUACAUAAAUACUGGCCAGCCAUGUCACCUAUCCUUGCAUAACAUUAACGGUCAGUCUAUAAAGAAUGGGAUAGGUGUGUAAAAAAAGGGGUAACAGGUAAGUUUGGUUCCUACCGAACAAAGGAUGUUGUGCAGGAAGUAACUUAUUUGAUCUGUUUUAGAACCACACAACGUCAGCUCAAACAGCUGAAGGAGAACUUGUAAGACAUUAACUGAAGAAAUUCAAGCGGUGAACAUUUUGAUGCUAGCACCUGCUCCAACUCUAUAGGGGGUGCUAAACUCCAGCUGCCUCUUCAUCUAAGUAGCUCUAGCUAGAUAAGAUAUGGUUAGCCUUGUGCUGCUGUGCUAAGUUUGCACCUUAUUUUAGAAAUCUUGGAAACGUCUCACAAUUCAGUUGUUUAUCAUCUUGUCUUAGUAAAACUACUUCGUAAAAUAUCUGCUUGAAACUUUUAGUUAAUUAGCUAGCUAUCUUAACUAACUAGCUUUAGAUGCCUUGUUUGAAUUAGUUUCUCGUAUAAUGUAGCUAGUUAGCUAAUACUAACCUAUCUGGCUAAUGCUGGCUAUAAAGUACAAAGUGAUUUCAGUGAUGUGCAUUUGCAUUGUCAAAAAUAUUUGAAGAAUUUUACAGAUUGAAUUUUAAGCCUUAGUUCCCUCUUGUUUUUACUGCGUUUACUUUUAUUUUGAUAUUACAGUAGAAUUCAUUAAAUGCUCAUUGGAAUAUAUCACAAGGGAUACUAUGAGUGCAAUGACAUUUUAUCAAACUGCUUUAAUUUAUUCAACUUAUCAAAAAAUCUAACUUCUGAGAGUCAGUAUUGAGGCAGUCAGUCAGUACUCAUGGCAGUGAUUUCGUCUUAAGCAGCAAGCUGUGGACUGAUAUUGUGCUGAGAGCAACACUAUUCCUGUGACCUCAUGAGUGGGCAAAGAUGAUGAGUGCACACCUCAUCCCUGUAAGUGUAUGUGUCAGGCUUAGGUGAGAAGUGACAUUUUAGAACUGCUGACAAACUGUGACUGAGGACCAGCAGGGGACCGAAUUUGCCAAAUUUGGAUAUUUUUUGACAAAUUUGGAUAUAAUUUUAGAUUCUGUACAAUGGUGCCCUGUCCUUCUCUAACUGUACUGUUAGAGAAGGACAGGGCAGCAUUGUACAGAAUCUAAAAAUAUAUCCAAACUUGUCAUCCAUCCAUCUCAUAAUUGAAUCGAAAUAAAUGUUAAAUACUUGUAAUAACACUGAUCCAUAUCAUCUCUAAGAUGUGUGUAACACUUUAGGCAGUAUUGCAGCAUUGAGAAUUAAUGGCAACUGUGAGAUUCAUUGUGCAAUGCAGCAAUUGUAAACUUAGAAAAAAAACAUUUUAAGGAGUUUUUGAAAACUAAGCUUUAUUGAUGAUAGGUCUAACUUCGAUGGUAAGUGUGGUCUAUUUAGAUAGGAAAUCACUCUAUGUGGGUGGAUUCUGCUGUCAUUUCUUAGAAUAAGGAAAAAUCUGUCAGAUAGCUGGUCUCCUAUAGUUUUCAAUGGCCGAUGGCAAUAUUUAGAGGGCAGGCAGGCCAGUGGCCAAUAUAUAAAACCAGUAUCAUUAUGUUGUGUUGUUGGGUAGAUUUACUCUCUGUGCAUUCAUUUUCUAUAAAAGCAAUGUAUCAACUAAAUAAAUGGCCAAAGGAAAUCAAAAAAAGUAAACAAAAAAAACCCCAGCUCUUGCUGUAAAUGCAACCAUUUAUAAGAAUGUCAAUCAUAAAACAGGUUACACAUUCUCUUCCUAAUUGCUAAUUACAAUUUAUAGGCCUCCAGGCCCUUAAUAAAGUCUUACAUGAGUUUGUUGACUUCCCUUUAAAUUUAGUAAUCUAGUAAAGGAAUUUAGUAAAGGAAUCUUUAAUAUUAAUUUUGGUAUAGUACAGGACUCACCCUGAAAUCCAUUCUAGACUCCUUUGGCUACACACAAAAUGUAAUGUGGCAUAUUCAUUACUGAAAUGAUACACUAGACCUAAUUUUAACAUUUGAUGUCAACAUGGAUAACAGCUAUAAAUAAUUACACAAACAUAUUACAAAACAUUGUAACUAAGAGCCUGAAAUUGAUGAGGGGAUAUGAGAAAGUGGCAAACAAUGGAUAUCUCAGAGUGUGAGCUUUAAUAGGAGCUCUGCAGGUCUUUGAUGCUCAUAUGAGGACUCUAUAGAUUGUAGCCUCCUUCAAUGGUAAACACUAGAGAAUGUAAUUAUGGGCCUGUAUAUUGCUAACCCACUGCAUUCUAUUAGCCUUGAGACUUUUAGCCAUGUUAUACAAGCUCAGAUUUAAAUACUGCUGUGGUGCACCCUGAAGUGCAUGAAUGCACUGUGUUGUUGAGACUCAGGUCUGAGAGCCACCUGAGCUACAUGCCAAUGAGUGAAAUUGCUAAGUACACGGUGUACAGAACUUCAGACACGGAUGGAAGUCUGAAAGUGUUGUAUAUACAGAAUGGGCAGGAUAUGAA